CAAAUAUCUUACUGUUAAUAAUAUCACAUCAUCAGAUCAUCAUUAUCAUUAUCAGAUAUCAUCAUCAUCAUCAUCAGAUCAUCAGAUCAUCAUCAUCAUCAUCAUCAUCAUCAUCAUCAUCGGGUCAUCAUCAUUAGAUCAAUCAUCAUCAUCAUCAGAUCAUCAGAUCAUCGUUAUCAUCAGAUCAUCAUCAUCAUCAUCAUCAUCAUCAGAUCAUCAGAUCAUCGUUAUCAUCAGAUCAUCAUCAUCAUCAUCAUCAUCAUCAUCGGGUCAUCAUCAUUAG